AUGUCUGUGGACGGCUGCUUCGUCCCGUUCCACACUCCUCUCCGGGAGCCGACUGCCUACGACCAUUGGGGGAAGGGCCCGCAACCCUGCUGGUCGCAGCUCGAUCUGGACAAGUGCGCAGUGAGAGGCUCGCAAGGGCAAGGCGGCGUCGACAGGCAGAAGGAGAAUUUGCCAGAGGAGCCAAAGCAACACCAUCCUGCUCAAGCUGCAGUCUCAUCCGCUGCUUCCAGGGGGAGGAGCCGAGCUGCAUGUGCUUCCAAGGAGAGGAGCACUCCUGAAGGUAUCAACAUGGAGGAACAUGGAUUUAGAUUUCAGUUUACUUUCCCUGAACCUGAUUAUGGGGAGUACGGCGCCGAUUUCGGUGAGGAAGAGGAGUGUUUACCGAGGCAGAGGAAACCUCCGGAAGUAAGGAAUGCACUCCGUGAGAAGAGAGUCGCGUUUAGGCAAAAGACUGGGCAGCACCAUACAAAAGACUGGGCAGCCCUGCGUAAGUACAACAGAGCAAACAACACCAAGUUUGAGCUGGUGGAGGUGCCAGUAAUCCGUGAGUUUUGGGAGUUUGGAGGGGGCUGCAUCCAUUACAACUUCAGGGCUAAGCAAGCAGAGGAUCGUCAUCAUUCUGCUAAUGCCGAUAGCACCAAGCUCUUCUUCUCUGAGGUCAACUCCGCUUUCCAUGGCGAGAAGGAUGUAGUUCUAUGCUGUAUCGUUGGAGAACAUGAUAAUGGGCAUUGCUACGGCUGCGAAGGCUUCAAGCCAACCGUUGUUCACCCUAGCAGCCAAGCUUAUGGCGGUGGUAGUAGUACUUGCAUUGAUUUUGCUCGUUCAGACGGAAGCUCAGAGAGUGAUUAA